CAAGGACCACCGUUCACCAUGGUGAAGCUGGGUUGCAGCUUCUCCGGGAAGCCGGGCAAAGACCCCGGGGACCAGGACGGGGCUACCACGGACAGCGUCCCUCUGAUCAGCCCCCUGGAUGUCAGCCAGCUCCAGCCACCAUUCCCUGACCAGGUGGUUAUCAAGACACAGACGGAAUACCAGCUGUCCUCCCCGGACCAGCCAAAGAAGUUCCCUGACCUGGAGGCCCAGAAGCUGGCCUGUAACCACCCAGAGGAAGGGCGCAGGCUGCCCACCGCACGGAUGAUCGCCUUUGCCAUGGCGCUCCUGGGCUGUGUCCUAAUCAUGUACAAGGCCAUCUGGUACGACCAGUUCACCUGCCCCGACGGCUUCCUGCUUCGGCACAAGAUCUGCACCCCGCUGACCCUGGAGAUGUACUACACCGAGAUGGACCCCGAGCGCCACCGCAGCAUCCUGGCCGCCAUUGGGGCCUACCCGCUGAGCCGCAAGCACGGCACGGAGACACCCUCGGCCUGGGGGGGGAGCUACCGCGCCGUCAAGGAGGGGCCCAAGGCACCCACCCAGGCGGGCGCGGCGGGGGCGGCGGCGGCGGGGGCGGGGGCGGGGGCGGCGGCCACCGAGCCCCCCGGCAAGGCCUCCGCGCUGGGAGAGAAAGAGGCGACGCGGAAGGCGGCAGGCAGCGUCCCGCCCCCGGCCCCCCAGUGAAGGCCUCCGCACCUGCAGCCCGGGUGGGCGGUGGGGGGUUGUGUACCCGCCUCGCAGCGCCCGCUCUCGCCCCUCCUCCCCUCUGUCUCGGCAGCGCCCCGCGCCGGCACCUGUGACAGCCCUCGCCCGACGCUCUCACAUCCUGUGGUCGUGCCCCUGCUUCCAGGACCCCUCGCUGAUGCCCCCUGCCCCCUGAGCUUCUAGCUCUGUUGCUUUUCUCUAAGUAAAGAUUCACAUCCAC